AACCACUGAUGAUGUCAGGACUCCGCCUGCUCUGAUUGGACGGCCCCUCCCCCUCCUUCUCUUCUUCACAGCAGCGACCGACUGUUCGAGGCAGCUGCUGCUGGACACCUGUUGCCACGGAGACAGCACCUGGCGGGAAAAUCACCAAUAAAAAGGAAAGAAAAGCAAUCUGUCACCUGGUCAGGUGUGUCAAAGACAGCCAGUCAUGUCGUCUGCAGUGCUGCAAACCUUGCUGCGUUGUUGCCGCUCCACCCUCGCCAGACAAACCCUCCUCAGCGUUCGAUCCUCUCCAGAAACCUCUGCAGCGUCAGGGCAGGUGUUCAGCGUUUUGGUCAAGCGAGAGGCCAGCGGGUCUGUGCGACACGACAGCGACAGCAGCGACCGUCCGGGGAUCUGGGACUCCUUCGGCAUCUGGGACAAUUGGAUAGAAGAGCCGAUACUGCUGCCCUCCAGUAUUAAAUAUGGAAAACCCAUUCCACAGGUCAGUCUGUCUCGGGUCGGCAGUGCUUCAGUUUUGGGUCUCAGGAAGCAGAACGAGGACCGUCUCCGUGUCGCCCGUAUCCAUGACAACCUGCUGUACUUUGCUGUGUUUGACGGUCACGGCGGCCCGCAUGCUGCCGACUACUGCUUCACCUUCAUGGAGAAAUUUAUCAGAGACGCUCUGGAGGAGGACGAUGAUCUGGAGAGGGUCUUGAAGAAAGCCUUUUUAGGGGCUGACAAAGCUCUGCACACACAUCUCAGCUACUUCAACAACGCUUCCUUCAUGACUGCCGGCACCACGGCAACGGUUGCUAUGCUACGUGACGGCGUGGAGCUGGUGGUCGGCAGCGUUGGCGACAGCCGAGCUUUGUUGUGCAGGAAGGGACGAGCCAAGAAACUCACCAAAGACCACACGCCUGAACGCAAGGACGAGAGACUUCGGAUCCAGAGCUUCGGUGGCUUCGUGACGUGGAACAGCCUCGGUCAGGCAAACGUUAACGGGCGGCUUGCCAUGACACGCAGCAUCGGAGACUUUCACCUGAAAACCAGCGGCGUCAUCGCAGAGCCGGACACUCAGCGGUUCACCGUCCAACACGCCAACGACUCCUUCCUGGCGUUAACCACAGAUGGCAUCAACUUCCUGCUGAGCGACCAGGAGAUCUGUGAUGUCAUCAACCAGUGCCAAAACCCCACAGAGGCUGCUGAUGUCAUUGCUCAGCAGGCGCUGCAGUACGGCUCGGAAGACAACGCCACCAUCGUCAUCGUUCCGUUGGGCGCCUGGGGGAAACAUCGGAGCUCCGCCAACGUCUACAGCAUCAGCAGGAGCUUCGCCUCCAGUGGGAGAUGGGCGUAAACGCCACAAGGACUUGGACUGAAGGGACACAAAAAAACUUUUUAAAUUCAGAAUUCAUCUGAAGACAUCGACGCCCAGCAGAAAAACACGUUAACCAACCCAUUUAAUGUCAACCCUGCUUGGUUUGUCGUCAUAGAAGAAGACUGAGUUUUAACCCACAAACAACCAUUCAUGUGCAGAAAACAAAUGAUAUUUUGUCACUACCAAGCAGAAGCUAGUGCAGGCUUGAGAUGUAUUUUCACAUUUCAAUCAGACGCUAUUUCUAGAUGUUAGACAUGAUCCCCAAUCAGUUUCUGGGUGGUUUUUGGUUUCUUGCAAAAUAAAGUCCUUUAUGGAAACUGAA